AUGGCUUCAGAUCUAGAGACUAUCCGCAUUGGCUAUGUGCCUGAACAUUAUCUCACGCCUCUUCACCUGGCGCUGCGCUCCCCAGCCCUGGCUGCUCUCCCCUUCAAGAUCUCUCUGAUUCCCUUCCCCUCUGGAACAGGACACAUGAUCACUUCUCUGCGUGAGAAGGAAAUCGAUGUUGCCAUUGGAUUGACCGAAGGAUGGGUUGCUGGUCUGGCUGAUAAACAGCAGGCCCAGAAGGACCCCUCAGAGGGUGGCUACAAGAUGAUCGGGCACUGGGUCGAUACGCCAUUGCGCUGGGCCAUCGUCACGGGUCGGGAGAGAGAAGAUAUCCACACCGUGACUGACCUCAAGGACAAGCGGGUUGGUGUCAGUCGCCUUGGAAGUGGCUCCCACAUCAUGUCUUUCGUCCUCGCUCAGAAGCAAGGCUGGAAGCCUGACUCCCUGUCCACCGUGCCCCUGGGCCCCUUCGCUGCUCUCCGCAAUGGAGUGACCGGAUACGAUUCUGGGCAUCCAGAGCAAGAGCCGAAGCCCACGGCCGAGUUUUUCAUGUGGGAACACUUCACCACGAAGCCGUAUUUCCACCCCACUGAAGAGAAACCUCAUCCCGCCUUGAAGAAGAUCGGUGAGAUCUACACUCCCUGGCCGUCUUGGAUGAUUGUGGCGUCUACUUCAUCUUUCUCGGAUUUGGAAGCGGAUGGCAAGCUGCAACAGCUGCUCAAGCUCCUGGAUCAGGGCAUCAAGGACUUUGAAGCCGAUACGGCUCAGGUCGUGAAGCUCUUGGGUACUGGAGAGCUGGGCUGUAACUAUGGAGAGGAGGAUGCUAAGGAGUGGCUCAAGGAUGUCAAGUUCACAGGCACGACUCGGGGUGUGCAAAGGAAACUUGUUGAGGGUGUGGUAGAUGUUCUCAAAGUGGCAGGAGUGAUUGAUAACAGCAUGACCAACGAUGAGGCCGUCUCAAGGGUCAUUGGCAUCCAUCAAUGA